CGCUAUUUGAAGCUGCGGGCGGCGCGCUAGGCUAAUAGCGUAGGAGCUCCCUCAAGAGGCGGAAGGGGCGUAGCGGUCGCUUUCCUUCCUCGCGCUUACAGCCCGACCGCCUCCAGUCAAGAGUCGCCGUCCUCAUGGCGCUGGUCCGGCGCGCUGCGAUUACUAGAGGGGUGGAGAAUGCUAUGACAGGACUUAACAACAAAGCCAAAAGUCAAGUGACUAACAAAAGGGCUGCUUUGGAAGAGAUUGGAAAUAGAGUUACAACCAGAGGAACACAUGCAGCCAAGAAAACGGAGAGCUUCAAAGUACCUGUAAAAACUACAAAAGGAGCUACUAAACCAGCAAAUGUAACUGCACAACCUAAACCUCCAGCUGCAGUAAAUUUAACUCUCAAAGAAGAAACUGUUCCAAAGAUUCUGUCUCCAACCCCUAUGGAUGUAUCCAUGAAAGAAGAGGACCUAUGCCAAGCUUUCUCUGAUGUGCUGCUUAACAACAUAGAGGAUAUUGAUGCUGAUGAUUGGGAAAACCCUCAACUCUGUAGUGACUAUGUAAAAGAUAUUUAUCUGUAUCUGAGGCAGCUUGAGCUGCAGCAAUCAGUACAUCCACACUACCUCAAUGGGAAGGAGAUCAAUGGGCGUAUGCGUGCAAUUCUAGUUGAUUGGCUGGUUCAGGUCCACUCAAGAUUUCAGCUCUUGCAGGAAACACUCUAUAUGUGUGUUGCAAUUAUGGACCGCUUCUUACAAAUUCACCCAGUAUCCCGUAAGAAGCUUCAGCUGGCUGGUGUUACAGCAUUGCUUCUUGCCUCAAAGUAUGAGGAGAUAUUCUCUCCUGAUAUUGCGGAUUUUGUUUACAUCACUGACAACGCAUACUCUAGCUCUCAGAUCAGAGAGAUGGAAAUGAUGAUUCUUAAGGAGCUGAGCUUUGACUUAGGACGUCCUCUGCCACUUCACUUCUUAAGGAGAGCAUCAAAAGCUGGUGAGGCUGAUGCUGAGCAACAUACACUAGCAAAGUACCUGAUGGAGCUGACACUCAUAGACUACGAUAUGAUACACCAUCAUCCUUCAGAGAUAGCAGCUGCUGCCUUAUGUUUGUCUCAAAAGGUUCUGGGGCAAGGCAAAUGGGGUGUAAAGCAGCAGUACUACACUGGGUAUGCAGAAGACAAUCUUAUGCUAAUUAUGCAACAUAUGGCCAAGAAUGUAGUAAGAGUAAAUGAGAACUUAACAAAAUACACUGCCAUAAGGAACAAGUAUGCAAGCAGCAAACUCAUGAGGAUCAGCACAAUUCCUCAACUGAACUCCAAAACAAUCAAAGACCUUGCUUCAUCUCUCCUGGAAUAAUCCUGGUAGACAAUUCCUACUCCAUGCACUUUGUCAACAUGCCUAUUGAGACACAAAUGCUGCUUUUGUACAUAGCCUUUCAUUCUUAGAACAGACCCCUCAGAUUCACUCUGAAAGCAAACUUUUAAACUUGCCCUUUAAUACUCUUGUAUAUCUAGAAAUAAAGCUCCUUUUUAAAAAAAAAAAAAAAACAAAAAAAACCUCUCCCUGGGCAUUACUUACAAGCACUCACAUGCACCAUCUAUACUUAGUGUGAGAGUCAAGUUGUGAAAAAGACCUACUUACUUAAACUUUGGGUAGACUUGAGGAGAUUCUCAUAAUAGGCAAGCAGUCAGAACCUUAACUGCUUAAAACAAAAGGCUCUAGAGUAUAGAGUUGACAUGAAUCUGGCAAAUGUGAGGGUGUCUAGAAGUAAUCUCUACUCCAUAAACUGGAUCAACCUAGCUUUUGGUGGGGGAGAGAUUAAAAUCUGCAGUUAAAUUAGGCAAAGUCUUAGUAAGAUAAGCACCAGUCUGGCAAACACAUCUGCGUGAAUGUAGUUGUAGUUCCAUGCCAAGCCCCCUGAACAUCUAAACUUAGUGAGACAUGGAGGCCAGCAGAAGUGGGACAUGUAUAAGCUGAAACUGUACCUUAUGUCCAGACAGUUACUCUUGCAGGGCUGAGCUGCCUGGAAAAUGGAAAAAAUCAUCUACCCCUACAAGUGACAGCUUGAUUCCAGUCCCUGUAACUAAAGCUUCCUACUGCUAUCAGAAGGAGGAAGAUAGCAGGAAACUGGCAAUUAUCAUAAAG